UUAUAAAAAUAUUAUUAAAUUAUAAUAUAACUAUGAUCAUGAUUCAUAAUUGUGUGUUGCCUCAACUGCACAUGAACUGCUCACCUCAAAAUUUGAUUGCCUUUUCAUAUUAGCUUUAUUAAUCAACUAGUUAACUUCAGUGCACACAAUCCACAAUGAUUAGUAGUAUAUGAUACAAGUUUAGAAAUUGAAUUGUAUUUCAAAUUAAGUCAUAUAUAUGUACAUAUUUAUAACUCAUGACAAUUAAAAAAUGGCGUGACAUAUUUAGAAAAUGCAGUUCAAUUUUCUCUCUAGAUAUAAUACUACUUUACAUUUUGCCAAGUGUAAUAAUUUAUUUUGAAAUUUAUGCACUCAAAUUAUAGAAUGAUAUUUUUCUUGUAUCAGAAAAUAAAGUCUAAAUAACUAUACAUACAGUUGUCUGAAUAAUGUGUGCACUGCUUGUGCCACUACUUAAACUAGAUUUCAUUCAUCCAUCCAAUUUUUUUUUCUAUGACAAGUGCUGACAUUGAAUUUAAUUUUUGUUAUUGUUAAUACAUAGUAGUAGUAGUACCAAGAUAUGGAAAUUAUAAGGAUGAAAUGGAGAAGUUUCAUGAGUAAUCAAGUUUAACAAAUACUAUUAAAUUUUAUUUGAUCCAUAAUACAAGCAAAACAAUGUUAACCAAAUAAAGAGAAAACUAAUUUAAACAGUGGAAAGAAGAAAAAAACAAGAGGAGAGAAACAAGUGGUUCCAGGCUUGCAAAUCUAAACUUCCAGAAAGGAAUCCUUCACCAAAAGUCUUUUGGGGUUUGCUUCUUUUCUUAUCCUUUCUCUUACCUUCAUUACAUAUAUACUCUAUUUACAAUACAAGAGUUUUGUGCAUAUAAACAAGUACAACCACAAAAUAUAUAUAUAGAGAGAGACUCAGACAUAUAAACCAAACAUACCAAACAAUACUUCUCUCCAUAUAUACAUAUCUCUCUUGUGUUCUUGAAACAUACCAAAUUAACAGGGGAGGAUCAUGACAAGUGUUCAUGAGGAGACGCGUCUAGUACUCCUCAUCAAGGGCAAACGUACCAAACGUCAGCGAUCUGCGUCCCCGCAUAUGAACGCAGAAGCAAUGUCCAGUGUUUGCAACAAGGAACGAUCACUAGAGGCAAGAGAAGGAGUUGGUGAAAUCGAAUUCCGAGGAGCUACGGACGAAGACCAAGACAUGGCGAAUUGUCUAAUGUUGUUGUCGCAAGGACAUAAAUCAAACACUAGUGGAGAUCCUUUGUUGACGCAGAAAAUUGGUUUCUUGAGCAACAAGAAACCGGUGGCCUCUCUAGGGUUUGGGCUAAACGGUGUUUACCAGUGCAAAACGUGUGAUAAAAGCUUCCACUCGUUUCAAGCGCUAGGAGGGCACAGGACUAGCCAUAAGAAGCCUAAACUCGGAGCAAUCAUUCUCAAAUGCGGCGAGAAGAAAUCUGCGUCUGCGGUUAAAACAGUUGAAGCUGCGAGAGUUGUAGGAAGCUUACUUUCUCUGCAAGUAACUAGUAGUGAAGGUAGCAAGAAACAGGAAAAAACACAUGAAUGUUCGAUCUGCAAGGCCGAGUUUUCUUCAGGACAAGCCUUAGGAGGACAUAUGAGGAGACAUAGAGGUUUAACAUUGAAUGCAAAUGCUAACUCAACAACCAGAACAGAGAUAGCAUCAAGUCAUCAUCAAGAAUCUAUACCGACAAAGAACUUUAUAGAGCUAGAUCUGAAUCUUCCAGCGCCAGAAGAUGAACCCAAGUUCGUGUUUGCGUCCAAAGAUCAGAUUCUUCUCUUCGCGGCUGCAGCGUCCAAUUCUUUGAUUGAUUGUCAUCACUAAUUAAGUAGUUCUUGUAAUAACUUCUUUAACCUUCAUAUGUUAAUCAUUAGCCCUCCGCUUACUAUUAUCUAACUAAUAUCGAUUCUUGUAAUUUGACAUUUAUUGAAUUUAACUUCAAAUUAUUCAUUUUAACAGUA